AUGACGACGCAGGUCGCUAAGAACUGGUAUCAGGUGGUCAAGGCUGCCCCUAAAGGACGAUUUCAAGGAAUCAUCCGAGACUAUCACGUUGAAGAUGUCUUGAAACUACGAGGAUCUGUGGAGAUCGAGUACACCCUAGCCACUCGUGGGGCUAAUAAGCUAUGGCAACUACUCCAUACGGAACCCUUUGUACCUGCUCUGGGAGCCCAAACAGGAAAUCAAGCUGUACAGAUGGUCCGUGCAGGAUUGAAAGCCAUCUAUCUGUCAGGAUGGCAGGUGGCAGCCGAUGCUAAUACGGCAGGCGAUAUGUACCCAGAUCAAUCAUUGUACCCAGCCAAUUCUGGGCCUGAACUAUGCCGUAGGAUCAAUCGAUCGCUCAGAAGGGCAGAUCAGAUUGAAGCCGUCGAAGCUGAAGACUACCUGGCUCAACGAGACUGGUAUGCACCGAUUGUUGCCGAUGCUGAAGCCGGUUUCGGAGGAGCCCUGAACUGUUUUGAAUUGAUGAAGGCUUACAUCGAAGCAGGAGCGGCCGGCGUUCAUUUUGAAGACCAGCUGGGUUCUGAGAAAAAAUGCGGGCACAUGGGUGGAAAGGUUUUGAUACCAACUGCUCAACAUAUUCGGCAUCUGAAUGCUGCUCGUUUGGCUGCUGACGUCUGUGGAGCUCCGACGAUUGUCGUUGCCAGAACCGACGCCGAGUCCAGUCGAUUACUGACCAGCGAUGUUGACGAACGAGAUCAUCCAUUCAUUGACAGAGAUGCUGGACGCACCGUAGAAGGAUUCUAUAGGUUGAAAGAUUCAAUGGCUCUACAGUACUGUAUUGAGAGAGCCAUCAACUAUGCACCAUAUUGUGAUCUGAUUUGGAUGGAAACCAGCCAUCCAACCAUCGCUGAUGCUAGAGAAUUUGCCGAAGGAGUCCGAAAGGUCUAUCCAGACAAAAUGUUUGCCUACAACUGCUCGCCAUCAUUCAAUUGGAAGAAGCAUCUUAGCUCAUCCCAAUUGGAAAAAUUCCAAAAGGAGCUCGGUGCCCUUGGUUUCAAGUACCAGUUCAUCACCUUAGCCGGUUUCCAUGCAAACAGCUUCAGUAUGUUCGACCUGGCACGAAAUUACAGAGAAAAGGGAAUGUUGGCGUAUUCAAAUCUCCAGGAAGCAGAGUUCGCCGCUGAACAGCACGGCUAUUCAGCGGUGAAGCAUCAACGGGAAGUGGGUACCGGCUACUUCGAUCACAUCUCGAAUGCAGUCACUGGUGGUAUGUCCAGUACCACUGCUUUGACAGGUUCCACUGAAGAAGCUCAAUUCAAGACGAUUACGGCCAGCAGCGAUGAUGAAGAGAUCCUUGUGUUGACCGCUCCGUUGAAUACUGGUGACGAGAAGAUUCUCACGCCAGAUGCACUUCGUUUCAUCAAGGAUUUGAACCUCAAAUUUGAUGGAAGACGACAGGAACUUUUGAAGAAGCGAGUGCAAAAGCAAAAGGAAAUCAACGAUGGAGUCUACUUCCCUGACUUCUCACCGGACACAGCCAACCUUAGAGAGGAUCUUAGUUGGAAAGGAGCUGAAAUUCCUGAGGAUCUUAUGGACCGACGUGUGGAGAUUACUGGUCCCACCGAUCGUAAGAUGAUCAUCAAUGCACUGAACUCUGGUGCUAAUGUGUUUAUGGCCGAUUUUGAAGACUCGAACACACCAUCAUGGAGGAAUCAACUCGAUGGUCAGAUCAAUCUCUACGAUGCCGUUAGAAAUAACAUUUCAUAUGAGCAUCCGUCCACUAAGAAAGAGUACACUUUGGACAAAAAAGUUUCUGUGCUGAAAGUCCGACCCCGUGGUUGGCAUCUACCAGAAAAGCACGUGCUGAUCCAUAACAAACCCACAUCCGGGUCUCUUUUCGAUUUUGGACUUUUCCUCUUCCACAAUGCUAAGGUUCUGAAGGACAAGGGCACUGGACCGUACUUCUACCUGCCUAAACUACAAAACGCUGAAGAGGCACAGUUGUGGGCCGACGUAUUCGACUAUGCCGAGCAUACCCUCCGUCUACCUCAAGGAACAAUCAAAUGCACCGUGCUCAUUGAGCAUCUGCUUGCCAGCUUCCAGAUGAACGAAAUCAUCUACGCUUUGAAAGACUACAUCGUUGGAUUGAAUUGUGGCCGUUGGGAUUACAUCUUCUCCUACAUCAAAACGUUCCAAAAUCACAGGAAAUAUUUGUUGCCAGAUCGAUUCCAGAUUGGUAUGACGUCGCCAUUCAUGCGAGCAUACUCCCUCCUUUGUAUCAAGACAUGCCAUCAGCGAGGAAUCCAUGCCAUGGGUGGAAUGGCCGCUCAAAUUCCCAUCAAGAAUGAUGAGGUCGCCAACAGCAAAGCCCUUGCUUUAGUUCAUCAGGACAAGGACCGAGAAGUGAUAGACGGACAUGAUGGUACAUGGGUAGCCCAUCCAGGAUUGGUACAGAUCGCUAAAAGAAUCUUCGACGAGCAUAUGCCAACACCAAAUCAGAUUGAUAAGCAGCUCCAAGGCUUCUUCGCCACGAACCAGGAAUUGACAGCCAUCCCUGAAGGCACUCGCACGGAACAUGGUUUCCGACAUAACAUCAGCGUUACCCUAGGCUACCUCGAUUCAUGGCUGCGUGGUGUUGGCUGCGUACCACUCUACAAUCUGAUGGAGGAUGCUGCCACAGCCGAAAUCAGUCGCUCUCAACUUUGGCAAUGGCUCAGGCACGACGCUCGAUUAGAAGAUGGCCGAACAAUCGAUGCUCAACUGGUAAAACAGACAAUCGCAGCUGAAACCGAAAGGCGACUUAUCCGGGCGGGAUCAGUUGUCAGCAGAUUACCUGAGGCAGCUGAACUUUUGGAGAAGUUCGCCCUUGAAGAGCAAAUGAGCGAUUUCCUCACGUUGGAUGCCUAUGAUAAGCUCGUCUCGGAAGGACAUUAG